CUACCGCGAGAAAGAUGAAAUAGAAGUAUAGUAUGGUAAUUAUAAUUUUCGUCAUUGAAAUUUUUAUACGAAGUUCAGCCGUUCGAGAAUUUUGAGUUGAGUGAAAAUUGUAAUAUAUUUUGAUGAAGUCUAAUUUAAUUGUUUAGAAUAAUUAUGGAGUUUGAUUGGAACGAUUAUUUGGAAGCUAAUAGAAACAUUGCAGUUCCUGAAGAACUAUUUUCUCAUGUGGAAGCAAGCCUGAACAAUGGCAUCAAACAGGGCAUGCUGCUGGAAGUCUGCCACAAGAGCAACCCUGACAUCUACUGGAUCGCCGAGAUCACCAUGGUCUGUGGCCAUCUGCUCAGAAUCAAGUUCAUUGGAGCCACUGAGGACUUCUGGUGCGACAUAUCCAGCACAAAAGUCCAUCCUCUAGGAUGGUGUGGCAAAUAUGAUGAGCUGAUUGAGCCACCAGAUGAAAUAAACGAGAAAUAUGGGGACCAGAUUAUUGAUAUUAUGAAGAAUGCACUGUUAGAUGGACAGUCUGUUUCUAUUGAGGCUUUGAACAAUAAAGGACUGUCUCCCAUUGAUAGAAUCAAGACGGGGAUGAAGGUGGAAGUGCAGAAUACUCUGGAUCCUUAUAGAUAUUGGAUUGCUACGGUCUGUGAGAACGUCGGCGGUCGCCUGCUUCUCCGCUACGAUGGAUGUGAUGAGGAGAUGCCGCAGUUCUGGAUAUUCUUCUCCAACAACCGCCUCAGCAGCUUCGGAUUUGUCACCAAUAAGGGCUCUCCUUGGCAGUUCAAGUACCCGGGCAAAGUAAAUAAGUUCUCGUGCAAAGUAAAGCUGAGUACACAACUGCGGCAGAGCGCCGAGGAGUCUAUAAAGGAGCCUACACCAGCUGAUCUAUUUCAGCCGGCACAAAGCCUGGAAGCGCACAACUUCGUUACGGGAAUGAAAGUGGAGGCUUUAAACCCUCAAGACAUGAAGACCAUUCGACCAGCCACAGUCACCAAGGUCUUCAACAACUUCCACUUCCUCGUCGCCAUUGACGACCACCACGAAGAUUACGAAGAUUCCAGAAUGGCCUGGCUAUGUGACUCUAUGCAUCCUUACAUCUACCCCAUAGGGUGGGCCCAGAAGAAUAACCUGCCGCUGAAAGCGCCAAAGAUUUGGAAGGAAGGUAGUUUUGAUUGGGAUGAGUACCUAACUAUGACGUCAUCUGUGCCUGCUCCGGACUACUGCUUCGGGGAUAAGAAGCCUUUAAAGGACAUUAAAGUUGGGAUGAAACUCGAAGCUGUCAACCCUAUGAAUCAUGAAGAAAUACAUGUGGCGUCAAUAGAAGCUAUUAUUGAACACAUGGUAUGCGUGGAACUGCUGCCUAUUGGUGAUAAGUUCUGGUACUCUCAAGACAGUGAUUUGCUCUUCCCAGUAGGCUGGUGCGAUAGUAACAACUACGCACUCCAUAUCCCGGACAUGUCUGUACUUAAAGAGGUUAAAGUUGAAGAGAAACCGGUGAAGGAAGAAAGUAUGAAGACUUCAGAAGAAUGGUGUGAGAAGAUUUACUUCAACUAUAAGUGUUACGCUGGACCGUCUAUUAGCAGGAACAAGUUGUCUCAACUUCCGAAGCAUGUUGGUCCGGGGCCGUUGUCUCUUGUGCUGAAAGAAGUGUUGAAUAAGAUCAUAUCAGCGUCGUACAAGCCCGCUAAGCUGUUGAAGGACUGGGAGACGGAAGGUCCGCCUGAAGAGGGGAUGCGCCUGGAAAUGCUGAGAGCCAAAUUAAAAACCAGCACAUACCACGCGUACGUCCCGGUAGCCACAACCCUGGAGCAAGUGCCAUCGUUCUGUCGCGACGUGUGCGUCAAGCUACAAGGCUGCCCCUGCUUGUUCGGCCCGGUGGACUACCCAGAUCUGUGUCCACACAACUGCCAGCAACAAGACAAGUCCACGUUCCAUAACUGCACAGAGCGCCGCGGAAGACCGAAAGGCAGUGUUAAUGGACGUCGAAAGAAGAAGAAGAGUGCUCCGGAGAAGCGAGAGAAGGAACAACAACCAUCGCAAGAGACCGAGAGCAACAAGGAUGGAGAAUCAGUAGAGAGCGAGCAUAGCGCCGGAUCCACGCCGCCCUCGGAAUCUGGUACCAGACCAAAUUCCCCAGACAGCGUCAGCGAAUACAAACGAAGCCAAAGAAGGAAACGCGAGCCCAAGAAUAAAUACCCAAAACUCGAAAUGAAAACCCGAGGCGCGAAGCUCCCGAACUUCGCCCUCCAAAUGAAAGAAGCUCACUGGAACAAGAAAGAUGUGGAGACGAUAUACAGCAACACUUGCGUUUCCAAGAAGCAAAGUUCGCCAGAUAGCGACUCAGAGAACGAAACAAAUGAAAGCAGUUCCAACUCUCGUGACGCUAAAAAUAUUUCCGAUGUGUCUGAUUCUGAAGAACCGGAGUUGAAGAAACUUAAAUUCAGUUCCUACGAUCCUCUGCCAUCAGACAAUAAAAUGUUUGAAAAGAACACAACUUUGUCCUGGGUGAAAACUAAACUGAAGUUAUCACCGAAUCCUUUGGAUUGGUCUGUUGAUGACGUGUAUGCUUACCUCACGAGCACGGAAGAUUGUAAACUAAUAGCUGAUAAAAUGAAACAGGAAGAGAUCGAUGGCCAGGCGCUGAUAAUGCUCGACUUGGAAACUAUCAAGGCGUUCUUACACAUGAAGAAAGAGUUCGCAUUGCAACUUUGUAAGCAUAUUACCAUGAUUAGAUAUUAUUAUGUAGAUAAUUUCGAAGUAAACGUUGAAUCGUGAUAAUUCUGUUCCUUAUAUUCCAUUAUUUUGUCUAGUCCACAAUAAAAUACUUGUUAAAAUAAUAAA